AAUAUGUAUAUCGAUUUUUGUCUAUUAUUAUUGUAUUCUUAGUUCUAUAAGAAACGUGUUGUUGAAUUUGCGUUUAAGAUAUUCGUUUACAAAACACUUGGCAAGGCUUACCGAGAAAAAACUGUUAUUAAACAACUACACUUUGCAAGGUUUAUUUGUAUAAUAAGGUUAUUCAAAAGAUAUCGAUUUAUACAUUAGGAAUAACAGCGUGAUUUAUAAAUCGGAGUUUCCGACGUAAUGAUUUCUUACGGAACCUUUUAACCUCUGUUUUUUUUUUUUAAUUUUUAUUUAAAAAUAAGUUGAGUCUGCUUGAAACUUUAUGAACUUUGAAAUACACAAUUUUUGAUUUUCAAAAAAUAUAUAAAAUUCGUUAUAUCCUUUUGCGUUGUAACAGCGUGUAGGUGGUACGCUCUAGCGGUCAUUUUUGAUACUAAAGGAAUGUCGGCAAAGCAACAAGCUGCGUCGGUAAGAAAACUAAUCCUUUCGUUAUAAGAAAUGCGUACAUUGUUUAUCAACCAUGUAACAAUAUACAAUCAACUAUAUUACAUAACAACUAUUAACAGCAAAUAUAUAUUAUUAACCUGUAACAUAUAUCACAAUUACACGGCGUAUAUUGAUGUAUUCUUAAUAGAUCCAUUUAUACACUGACUUUGCAGAAAAAAAGCAUAGUUUUCAAACACGAUAUACGAAUGAUCGUCGUCGGCGUAAACGAACUGAUAUGGAUCUGAUUGACUUGUGUUUAAAAAAGAAAAGAAAAAAAAAAGUGAAACGGCGACAUAGCAUCGUGUGAGAAACGAUUGACGCGUAGGUGUAACGUCGUCGACAUUCAGCCAGUGGGGAAAAAAAAUUGAUUAUUUACCUUUUUCUAUAAGCGAACCGUUUCUGUGUUGUGUAUUCAACAAGGGAAAAAGCGGAUAUAUAGGUUGUGCUUAGAAAAACAUAUAACAUUCUCAUUUCUUCGUGUUAUACUCACGAACACAGGUUUAACGUACCAGAAGACCCGUUUGUUAUUCGUUGUUGUUUCUUUUUAUUUUUAUUUAUUUUUGUUCAUUUUCUUGUUCAUUUUUCCAUCUCCUCAAAAAGGCCACGUAUGUUCAUAUAAAAGACAUCGCAAGCUCGAAAGGAACGAGGAGCGUAUUAAAAGCAUUUCGGAGAAUCACCGAGCUAAAGCUCGACCAUUUAUAAUUCGGUUGCAGUCAAUUUCAGAAUAUCUCAUCUUGUAUUUGCGUAUUGCCAGAGAGAUAGCAGAUUUAUUGGAUUCAACGGGAAGAUGGAUAUCGUCAUAAUCGUGUCAUAAUAUCGGCCUGUAAUUUAUUAGGAGCGGAGUCGCGUGUGCUCACGUACGUAUGUCAAUAAUCCGAAGCCAUUAAAGCCGCUUAAAAGUGAUCGGCAGAUGGUUAGAGAACGAUUAUGCAAUGGUUCUAAGUUACAGCAACGUUUUACCUCUCUCUCUCUCUCUCUUUUUGUUUCUUUCUCUCUUUCACUCUCUCUCUCUUUCUUUUUCCUUCUAUCUGUCUCUCCAUCUAUCUCUCUCGUCGAUACGCACGAAGGAGAAGACCAGAUUUUUGAGUCGGACCAGGCUCUUCUUAAGCGGUAUAAGCCUCGACAUGUGAUUUAUCUAUGUGGUUCGACAGACGAGGGUACUUGAAAAAGCUCGUUUAACUAGAUCGGAACUAUUCACCGAUAGAAUACGAUCUUACCGUUAGAAAUUCUAGAUAUAGGACUAAUAUAUCAUUCAUUAAUACAAACCGAGGCCAACAAGUUUUGUCAUAAUAUAGAAAUUAUACGUCUUGUGGGAGACAUCGAACCUGAAGGUAGAUCGAUCGUAUUCGAAUUCAAUCGAAUCGUAUCACGAUGGUUCCUUGAGACACGUAACUCGUGGCGAUUCUAUUUAAAUCCGUCUAUUCGUAUGAAAAUAGUAGGAACGCGAAUAAAAGCAAAUAUUUAUUUACACAUCGCGCGUCGGCCGGCACCGAACGAGAAAGCACUUAUCUCGGAGAAGUUAUAACGUGUCUUACGCGUUGAUUCGUCGAAGCAUCCAAGUGCAUCCGCUUUUUGCUUCUCUCUCUCUCUCUCUCUCUCUCUGUGUCUGUCCGUCUGUCUGUCUGUCUCUCUUGCAUUAAGCUUUCGUUGGUAAAAUGUAACACAUAGAAAAAGCAAAUUCUCUGAAGUUCCUUGGAUAUUUCGAGCGAGUUUGUUUUUUUCGUCGACCUUCGUAUCUCUUGAUUUAAUCAGCGGAAAAAAAAUCAGGGUAAGGGUGAGUGUGUGUGAGAGAGAGAGAGAGAGAGAGAGAGACGAAGAAAAAGACAAAUUGUGAGGUUCCAUUUCACAGGAAAUCGAAUAAGUUUUAUAAGAUAUGAGGGACGGAAAUGAGCGUCGUAACGUUACAUCUUUAUAAUAUUUCUCCUUUUUUAUUGCUAUGAUAUACCAAUGGUAGCUUCGUCGAAGGAGUACGAUUUAUAUCAUCGAGAUCGCAAAGUUCGCGAGUAGGUAUUCGUAGAGAGAAGACAGUAUCCAGUUACGUUUAAAAAGUAUCUCUUCUCUUCGAUCAGCUGCUUGGUAUACCUGAUUUACUGUGUGUUAUACGGAAAAAAGACGAAAGACGAUCCAUAAAGAUCUUUGCUAUCCACGAAGAAGCUUUCAGGAUCACACUAUCGUAUUUUCUUUUUCUCUUUUCAAAAUGAAUUAGUCCGGUGAGUGUAAUAUUACACAUAAAUAUGCAGUCAUCACGAUCUAUUACUUCGUGGGAAGAAGCAGAAGCAGAAGAAGAGAAAAAAGAAGAAAUAACAAGAAAACGAUUGAUAUUUCAUCGCACGUCUCAUCGUUAUAAUACAUUACACGAAUUUCGAAUUGACCGCCAUCUUAUCGAUAGGAAAGAACAUUUCAUUGUUAAAGUUAUACGUUAUAUUACUUCGUAAGUUUGAUGUUUGUUGUUGUUAAAAAUGGUCGAGCACACCGGCUGGAUCUCUCGAAUGGAUUUACGAUAAGGAACGAAGAAAUUUUCUUCUCUUGGAGAAAGAGGAGAAAGAAAAAGAUGACGCGACGAGUGAGGACGAUCGAGAGCCGAGAGAUUGAGAGAGAUUGGGAGAGAGAAAGAGAGAGAGAGAGAGAGAGAGAGAAAGAGAAUUUAGCCAAAGUCUCGAGGACGGUUGUUCGUGAACGAGCGAGCGAGCAAGCAAGCGUGCGUUUGGACGUUGCGCUUACACGCUUACACACCGCGAGAGGACGGUUCGGGUUCGGGCGUUUCUAUUCCUGGAGCGCGCUGACUCCUCGUUCGGCUCCUACGGGAGGUACCGUGCCGUGCCCUGGCCGUUUUCUCGAGUCGAACGUAGACGAGCGUGGCGUGUGGAAGCAGUCGUUUGCUGAACGUUUUCGCUAACUUUCUUAUUACGAUACGAUACGAUACGAUACGAUACGAUACGAUACUUAACCCUCGUUCGAUAAGUUUAUCCUUGUGCGCGAUAAAUAAUUUUCAUUUUUCCCGCCAUUUCGUGUCCGUGCUCGAUCUCUUUUUAUCUCUAUUAUUAUUAUUAAUAUUAAUAUUAUCAUUGUUAUUAUCGUCAUCAUCAUCAUCAUCAUCAUUAUUAUUAUUAUUAUUAUUAUUACUAUUAUUAUUAUUUUAUUGUUAUCGGUAUUUGUUCGUGGAAAGUUGAAGCGAGCGAUCAGAGAAAAAAAAGAAAAGAAAAACGUUAUCUCUUCGAUCGAUAUAAAUUCUCACGAGACACGUAGAGAUUCGCGAUCGAUAUCGUCAGCUGAUCGAUUCGACUUUGAGAGAAUCGCCGGAUGAAUGUGUGUGACGGACGAGACGCACGUGCUUCGCGGCUUUCGCGUUCUCCAACGAGAUUUCUCUCUCACGAUUUUUCAAGCAACUUAGAAACCGUUCUUUUUCAAUUUCCCAACGGAACUUAGUGUCGAAGAAGAAGAAGAAGAAAAGGAAGAAGAAGAAGAAGAAUAUCGUUGAUCAAAUCGGAGGGGAAAAUUUCAAAGGGUGCAAGAAAUUGAAUAUAUAUUUCCGUCUGUUGAUCGAACGUUUACGGUGGCUUUGUUUUUAAGCAAGAGUCACGUCUCGUCUCGUGUUUUGUUUCUUUUUUUUUUCUCUUCCAUCCGAGACUUGUGACAGUGAGUAAAUUGAUCUCCCGAGAAUGAACGAUGUGAACGGAACUGUGCGUUGGCAGGGAAAAAUCAACGGACACAAAAUGUCGUGUUUGGAUACUUAAACUGACACGAAAGGAUCCUCUCGAUUUGGAUUAAAAAAUAGUGUCGAGAGAGAUUGCAAGGAGAAUGAUUGGACAGGAGUUGGUACCGGCUAAGGAUCCCGCGGGAUGUAACGGAGGAUCCUAUGCUGAUGAUCCAAGAAAUUUUAGCGAGAUCGUAUAAGUGUAACGAUUAAGUGUUUAUAUGAUUAUCAAAGAAAUCAAAUCGAUUCGUCGAUCGAUAACGCAGAUCAAAGACGGUGAACCGAUAAAAGACAAUGAACGAUCCGAAGAAAAAAGAUAAUUUAACCGAUAAUAUCGUAAAAAUGUAGAGUGAAACAAUUGUCAAGGUCGACGAAUCUCGGAUCAGUUCCUAAUCGAACUUUACCGAAUCGUCGACGAUAAAGUCAGACGUUCAAGAUGCUGGACAUAUUUCGUGGUUUAAAGAGCCUGAUCAAGAUCUCACACAUACACAUCGACACAGCCGUCUUUCGACUACAUUACAGCUUAACGGUGAUAAUUCUGAUAUCGUUUAGCUUGAUAGUCACAACGAGGCAAUACGUUGGCAAUCCGAUCGAUUGUAUACACAGUAAAGACCUCCCAGAGGAUGUGUUGAAUACUUACUGUUGGAUACACAGUACUUACACUAUCACUGCGGCAUACAGGAAAAGAGAAGGCUCGGAAGUACCUUUCCCAGGUGUCGAUAAUUCGAAAUUGUAUCCGGAAUCGGAGAGGAAGGAGUAUAGGUAUUAUCAGUGGGUCUGCUUCAUGCUGUUCCUUCAGGCGAUUCUCUUUUACACUCCGCGA